AUGGGCACUUUUAAAACAGAUCAGACAGAACAUGAAAUGCUACAAACUCUUUUCAAGUACGAAAAAGUGCCUGGUCAAGCACAAAGGUUUCUUGCUCGAAUGAGCAAGAACUUUAGGUGGCCUUAUUCGAUGCCGGAAUAUCUUAGAAGGAGUGCCUUCAAUAACAUCACUAAGGUUGGGUCCAAAUCCGAUGAAGAGUUUGGGUUAGAGGUUGGGCUUAACCUCCUAUUUUUCUACAACGCACUUGACAAGGGUGAAUUUGCCGGACACGAAAACGAUUGGGUGACAGUACACAAUCAAAGAAUAAUAGAGUAUGGGCAAAUGUAUGACGAUGAUAAAUUGAAUUUCAUACUCAAAACUAUGCCUGGUGCUGUACAAAUCCCAGUUAAUCAGACAAAAUUGCCACGAAGUCCACCGGCAAGAAUGGUGACCGUUCGACGUGUAAACAAUGGCGAUGACUACAAGAUCAGAGUUCGUGUCAAAAGACCCAAUGAAAAUUUAAUCGCUCAAAUUCCUUAUGAUUUUUACGAUACAAAACGCAACAACAAAUUAUAUGCAUGUGUAUUGGACACAGGCGCGCCAGAGACAAUUUUACCAUAUUACAUUAAAGAAACGCUUGGAAAUGCGGGAUGGAACACUUAUGAAAGAAUGGCCGAAGGUUACGGGUAUCCUGCCCUAAUGAUCGGUGCAUCUGAUGUAUUUAUGAUUUCCAUUGGUGACGAUAACAAUUGGACUAAAUGGGUUCCGGCUAAAAUUCAGGUCUGGGAAGAAUAUCCCGGUAAUCAGGUGGAAGAUGUCCUUGUCGGCAAUGACGUUACUGACCAAUUGGCGUAUUUACACGAGCCGUUUAGUCCGGUUAAAUUUUUAGAUAUUGGAGACGAAGUUAGACUUACUACAUUUGUAGGAACCUGUAGUUAA